UAAAAUUUUUUAUUUUUUAUUUUAGUAUUUAUUUUUUAUAAAAUUUUAAACUCUAAUUCCAAAAUCCUACCCCUUAACUCUAAACCCUAAGGUUUGGAUUAAUUAACCCAAGGGGUAUAAAUGUAUAUUUACCUCUUUAAUGAAACCUAUAUUUGUGACUUUGAGUCUUGAGUGCUACUUUGGGAACAAAAACUUGGUUUGGUGUUAUCCUAGUCUUUUUCUAAUGAAAAUAUGUCAUUGAAUUCUUCUUUAUAUACAAUUUGAAUAUUUUAAAAUAUGAUUUUUUUUUUGUUAGGAUCCAUGUUCACUACCACUAUUUUUCGUAACUGUAACUAAACAAACCGAUUUUACAUUUUGUACUCUACUUACCGGCUUUCAUGUUUGUAUGAUGCAGGGUUUGAAAGGACAAAGUCAAAGCAUAAAGAUGUUGAGAAGUUGAAAUGAUCUUUUGUUAGUAUUUAAUGUAACUUCAGUUUGUUAAUUCGAAUCCUGUCUUUAAUACCUUUAAAUAAAAUAAUUAACUAGUUAAAACAUAAAUUAGAAAGAAAAAAAAACAAUAAAAAACGACAGCGUUUUGUUUUUUGUGUGGAGAGAACGGCGAUGUUUUGGUGACUGUUAUUCAAGCCUCAAAAGUAGGAUUGGGAUAAACGGGCCUGAUAUGAAUUUGGUGAUGUUUAAUGUGGGCCAAAAUAACGGGAAAGCCCAUCAUAAAUGAGAGAAGAGAAAAAAAAGAAACGACAGCGUUUUGUUUGUGUGGAGAGAACGACGACGUCGAGUGUUAUUCAAGGAGAGAGAGAGAGAGAGAGUAACGUCGUGAUUUCCCGCUCAAGGCUUCAUCUUCAUCUUCUCCUCUCGAGAGGCAGAGCUCUCUGCAAAAGGAAAGAGGAGUAAUUUCGCAAGAUCUAAGAUGGUGGAUUUUGAGCAACUCAGGAUCUUUGAAACUAUACUCAGAGAGUUUCUAAAAUCUUUUCUUCUGCAUAUUCAACUGUGGCUUGAUGUGCUAGACCUUCAAGUGGGAGUGGAUGAGCUUGAGUUUUUGGUGAUACUGAUACAUUGGUUUCCCUUCCUUCUCUUCCGCGAGUUUGUGGGGUUUCUUUUAUGGGUCAUCAUUCAAGCCAUAAAGCUUGCCCAAUUACUUCUUUGGCACUACAUCAGUUGGCAAGAGCGCCAUGCGGAGUUCGAGGUCGUGUAUAUUGAGGCUGCGAAUGCUCCAACACGCACUCCUCCACUUCCUGCACACUUUCUUCACUUUCUACCCCUGUCUACAAUGGCCGAAAGCACUGACAAUGACAUAUGUACCAUUUGCCAAGAGCCUUACAGAGCAGGAGAUGCAGUGAGGACACUCCCUUGCGACCAUUCCUUCCACUCUAUAUGUGUUGACCAGUGGCUUAUUUCGGACCAUGGUGAUUGUCCUCUUUGCAAACAAGCCAUCGUCUCAGAAUAACACAUCUGCCGUCAAUCUGAGGACUUUGAUAGAGCCAGCCAGGAAUGAAUAAUAUCACAAAAUGAGUAAAACCAAUAGUGCUAUUCUUUUGUAUACCAUCUCUUGAUUGACUAAAACAUGAUAUUUUAGCUUACUAUCUUGAUAGAGAUUUGAGAUCCUCUUGUCACACUACAUGCUUAAUCAAUUUGUACAUAUAUACCAAAGCUGCGUACCUAUAUUGAAAUGAUUAGUGGUACCUUCACUUUAUUUUUAUAUAUCGCUCAAUUCAUUUAUUUUUGUAUAUUUUACGUAUUUAUUUCAUGAUUAGUGAGUGGUAGAUUCUUUUUUUUUGUGCAAAAUUUUAGUGGUAGAUUCACUUUCACAUAAUGUUUUAUGUUUUACUAUGAUAUAUAUAUAUAUAUAUAUAUUAUCAUAUUUUGUUUUAUAGAUCCCUAUUUUUUCCAGAAUUAUUAUGUUGUUAGAGAGGUAUUACACAUCCAUUAACUAAAAUUUUGUUUGUUGUGGAUUUUUUUAUUGUUAAGAAAAAGUAAACAAUGUAGAUUAUUGUUCUGAUAUGUUAUACUAGAUGUCUUGCUUUCGAUGUAUCUUGCUUGCCAAGUUACCACCACCUUUUUCAUGUCAAACAACUUGUGACAAAAACAAAAUGCUUUAUCGUAAAGUAUGUACCUUUUCUCUUACAAAAAAAAAAAUCUGAUGGAAUUACGAAAAAGUAGACGUAUUAGAAAUUAGUUUUCAUUUGAACUGUCUUUAACUUUUUUAGUAGAUUUUAUCUAAGGUGUAUGCAACAUACUUCAUGUUUGACCAAAACUGUGAUUUUAUAACUGAUAAGAUUGUUUAUAAAUAAGAUGAUAUAUAUAUAUAUAUAUAUUUAAAAUAUCAUAUUUAUCUUUAUACAUAUAAAUUACAUUACAAAAUGAUUUAAAAUUUACAAAACUAAAAAUAAAAUAUUAAUCAAUCUGUUUAUUUUGAGUAUUUUCUAAAGAUUAAUAUCGAUGAAUAAGUACGAAAGAGUAAUUUCCUAUCUCUUAUACACAAAAGUUCUAAUAAGAACAAUAAGCAAGUCAAUUUUAUAACAUUUAGUCACAUUACUGUUAAAAUUGUUAUUUUUUAUUUUAGAUAAAAAUAUAUUUAAAAUAUUUGAAUUUAAAAUGUAAAUUAAUAACUAUAUAAAUUAGUAAAUAUUAUAAUCCUAUAAAUAUUAGUUUAAAGAAUUUUUAUUGUGGGUUGUUUUUGAGAUUCACACUGAGACUAAAACAUCAUCAACAUGUGUUGUAUAUAUAUAUAUAUAUAUAUAUUUUGCU